UGGAGCUCUUGCGCUGACCUUUUCCUUUAACCAAUCCAGGCUCACUCACCUCCUGCCGAGAUGUCCUGCCAGCAGAACCAGCAGCAGUGCCAGCCCCCUCCCAAGUGCACCCCCAAGUGCCCCUCCCCGAAGUGCCCCCCAAAGAGCCCAGCACAGUGUUUGCCCCCAGCCCCCUCUGGCUGUGCUCUGAGCUCUGGGGGCAGCUGUGGCCCCAGCUCCUCGGAGGGUGGCUGCUGCCUGAGCCACCACAGGCCUCACCGCAGGUCCCACCGCUGCAGGCGCCAGAGCUCCGAGUCCUGUGACACUGGCAGUGGUCAGCAUCCUGGGGCCUCGGGCUGUGGCCACAGCUCUGGGGGCUGCUGCUGACCUGGAUCUGAUGCUGAGACAAGUGACUUGAGAGGAGACAAAGUUCCAGGGACCAGCCUCUGCCUAGUGUGUGCCCUCUCAGCACCCGCAUGUGUGCCCUUGGCCGGCGCUGAGGUGUCUCUGGAGAGCAGCUGAGAGCCUCAGUGGCGCCUUCUCGCCACACUCCAGGGCCCCACAGCGUGCCCACGUCCAGCUCUGCGGGAACCUGCACCAUCUACCCCGUCACCUGUGUGUGACCCUGUGAAAAAAUAAAGUUUUUGUUU